AGAAGAAAAGAUCUCUUUCUCUCUCAAGUUUCAGGGACUGUGUGUGGCCCCUUGAACUCCAAACAGAUUUGCAAAAAGCACUCCCCUAACCUGGGAACCUGUGGGUGAAGAGGGCGGGGUUAUAAAAUUGAUUGCUGGCUCACGUCAGAUUAUUUCAUUUGGGUGGGAGCCGGGGCUUGAAUAACAGCCCACAGGCAGAUGGGCUUUUGUGCUCUGAGGCCGCCCGGGUUAACCCUGUCCUGCUCUUCUCUCCUUGCAGCCCUGUGAGCUCUUCCUUGUCGCCCCCUCCACCUGCCGGCCUUCACAUCUGACUCCAGCCCUGCCUGCCACCUCCGAGGCCCUGCCUCCCUCCCCGUCGGGCACCAUGCCCAUCCUCAAGCAGCUGGUGUCCAGCUCGGUGCACUCCAAGCGCCGUUCCCGCGUGGACCUCACGGCCGAGAUGAUCAGCGCCCCGCUGGGCGACUUCCGCCACACCAUGCACGUGGGCCGAGCGGGAGACGCCUUUGGGGACACCUCCUUCCUCAACAGCAAGGCCGGUGAGCUAGACGGCGAGUCCCUGGAUGAGCAGGCGGCCACCUCGUCCUCCAAACGCAGCCUCCUGUCCCGGAAGUUCCGCGGCAGCAAGCGGUCGCAGUCGGUGACCAGGGGGGACCGGGAGCAGAGGGACAUGCUGGGCUCCCUGCGGGACUCGGCGCUGUUUGUCAAGAACGCCAUGUCCCUGCCCCAGCUGAACGAGAAGGAGGCCGCGGAGAAGGGCUCCGGCAAGCUGCCCAAGAGCCUGUCGUCCAGCCCGGUGAAGAAGGCGAGUGCCGGGGACGGGGACCAGGAGGCGGCCCGUGUGGAGGGGGUGCCCCGACGGAACGGGGCCGCCGCUCCCCACUCCCCCGACCCCCUCCUCGACGAGCAGGCCUUUGGGGACCUGACAGAUCUGCCCGUCGUGCCCAAGGCCAGCUUUGGGAUGAAGCACGCGGAGUCCAUCAUGUCCUUCCACAUUGACCUGGGGCCCUCCAUGCUGGGCGAUGUCCUGAGCAUCAUGGACAAGGAGGAGUGGGAGCCCGAGGAAGAGAACGGGGGCUACCAUGGCGACGAGGACCCGGGCAGUCUCCCCAAGGCCCCCCCUCCUGGGUCGGUGGCCUCCCUCCCGGCCAGGCAGGAAGGCAGAGCUGGCCGGGACUCGCCCCCGGUGGCCCGGGCUCCGCAGGACGAGGGGUGGGCUGCGGCCGCCCCCAGCCCCGGCUCCGCCCGCAGCAUGGGCAGCCACACCACGCGGGACAGCAGCUCCCUGUCCAGCUGCACCUCGGGCGUCCUGGAGGAGCGCAGCCCUGCCUUCCGGGGGCCGGACAGGGCCCGGGCCGCUCUCCCCAGGCAGCCCGACCAGGAGCUCUCGUUCAUGGAUGAGGAAGACGAGGAGAUCCGCGUGUGAGGCCGCGGGAGGCGCGCUCCGCGCUUGGCAUAGCCUCCCCCCAGCCCGCCGCCACCCUCCCCUUCCCCGUCCCCGUCGGGCAGCCAGGAGCCUGGCUUCUGCCACCUCCCCUGGACCUCAUGGACAAGGGGCAUGGCCGAGCCCGGGACCCACGGAGGACUCGGGGAGCUGGCUGGGGCCCCCCGGGUGCCUGACCGCCGCACGCCCUGGCCUCCCCGAGCCCUGCGGACGGCCGUGUUCUUACAGCAGAAUCCAGCGCCUCCCUCCGCCUUGGCCUCAGCUGGGCGCCGGAUGGCAGCCUGAGCUCCUGCCCCAGUGAGGUCAGCGCAGGGGCGGCCUUGGUGCCAGGCGCCGGGGCCAAGGACAGCAGCGCUCGGUCCCUGUCCUGGAAUCACUGACCCAGCAGUGACUUCCCCCGGUAAAUGUGUGUCACCGGAGGAAUGGGAGGGCACGUGUGCCGGCCCCUCCCUCCCCGGCCCGGCUUCCACACGGGAAGCCAGGAGCCCCUCGGAGUAAAGCUGGACCGAACGUGGACACUGGACACGGCCCCUCCCGGGGGGAGAGGACGGGAGUGGGGAGUGGGAGGGAGGCCCCUGGUCUUCUUGAACUCUUCGGAGGGGCCCUGGCCGGAUGACACUAGGAACAGACUGUAGCAGCCGCUCAGCCCGGGUUCGUUCGUUCUCAGUAUGUUUAAAUCGGUCUAGAGCAGUGUCAGGAACAGCGUUAGUCGAUCCGCCACCAGAGGGAACAUCGACUCCAUUUAGACACCUUUAUACUAAGUGCUUCCAGACUUUAUUUAGAAUUGUAUGGGGUGGGUAUGUGCGUGUCUGUCCCCCCUCCACCCAUAACUAUUACCAGCUGAAGGCGUCCCGUGUAGAAUAUUUCUGAAAAGUGACUUUUUAAAGUAAUAUAUCAUUCCUAUGGGGGAUAAAAGUUUUUUUUGGGACUGAGUUAUUCCCUCACUCCCCCCCCCACUUCCUUUCCCAGGCCUCUCUGCCAGCUCGGCCCACUCCCUGGCUUCUGAGGCAAGGGCCCUGAGGGCGUAGGUACAGGGUUGCCAGAUUUAACAACAAGACAAAAGGGUAAUUUCUCCGUAUAAGUAUGUCCCCGUGUCACACGUGGAGCAUACCUGUAUUAAAAAGUUACUUGUCCUUCUGAAAUUCAAAUUCCGACUAUGGCCGCUGACCCUGCCCACGGGGAUUGCGUAGGAGGCUGAGUGAGCCCCAGCGUGAACUGACGGUCGCUCUUCUGUCCUGGGAACGGGCUGACCCACCUCCUGUCCUCCUGCCGCCCGUGGGGUGGGGCUGGCGACCGCGGAUCCAGCCAGGGCGGUGGGCGUGGCCGAGCCCGCCUCCCAUUUUCUGCCAGAUCCUGACUCAGACACUAACUUAGUUCCUGAGCCGAGCACCCCGUGGGUGCUCGGUUUCCAGUAGCUGCCCUUGAAACCCAUCCAGACGGCGGUCGGCUCCAGAUUCUGAACUGUAUAUUUUUUUCAUGAAAUUGUUAAAAUGACGAGGCAACAUUAAAAAAGCCCUAUAGCGUG